AUGCAAGACAUGGCCUCGCUGUUUACGAAGCCGAAGCUUCUCCCCUUUACUGUGCCUGCCACUCUUAACCUGGCCAAACUGAACCCCAUUCCCCAUCGGUAUCGCCGCCGGAUACGAUCGAGGCAGCGAUUCUACUCGCGCGCUGAUGAAAUUACCCGCCUCAAGUCUUCGUUCAAUGUCCUCGAGACUAUCCGCGCCGUUCAACGACACAAGUGGACACUCCACGACCUUCAAUAUGUCGUCCUUGCCUUUGUUGGAAUUUCAUCCUUAAUCAUGGCCCCCGCGCCUGCAUUCCUCAAGCUCCUUGCCUUGGUUGGUGGCACGCUCCUCAUUCUCAUGCCCAUCACAAGCCAGUUUUUCUUCCCUGGCCUUCCCAUCUGGGUCUACCUCGUGUAUUUCUUCUGUAGCCGAUUUAUUCCCACCGAAAUCCGCCCUCACAUCUGGGUUCGUGUUCUCCCCGCUUUGGAGAAUGUCCUCUAUGGAGCCAACCUUUCCAACAUCCUUUCCGCGCAUACCAACUCUAUGCUUGAUCUUAUUGCCUGGAUUCCCUACGGUAUUCUCCACUUCACCCUCCCUGCUGUGGUCGUGGGUGUUCUCUUCAUCUUUGGUGCCCCUGGGAGCGGUCCCUCCUUUGCCAAGGCCUUUGGCUGGAUGAACAUCACUGGUGUCACUAUCCAGCUUCUUUUCCCCUGCACCCCGCCGUGGUACGAAAAUGAGCAUGGCCUCUCUCCUGCGGCAUAUGGCAUGCCCGGUUCUCCUGCCGGUCUCGCCCGCAUCGAUAAGAUCUUCGGCGUAGACAUGUACACGACCGCCUUCUCCACCGCGCCCGUUCCCUUUGGCGCCUUCCCAUCGCUUCACUCCGGUAAUGCCGUCAUCGAGGCUCUCUUCCUCAGCUACUGCUUCCCCGUUGACCUGGUUGGAGGCGCCUUGAUUGCAGCUGCCUACUUCUACAUCACCAAGGCGUACUGGAUGCCCAGGCCCCAGCCUGACAAGUCCACUCGUUGGGACUACGAGUAUGUCGAAUACGGCGACCGCAAGUCUAUCUUUGACGAGGAGUUUGGCUCCGGUAGUGGAACGCUCAGCCCCACGCUUUCCGAAGAGAGCCUCAGUUUCCGCCGAGAUGUGCUGGGAAUGGACAUCCCUGAUCAGCAUACCUGGGACGCAACGACGAGAGUCACGGAUAAUGGCCUGAGGCAAAUCACCGUUGCCGCCUAA